UUAUUUUUGGGCGAGGUCAAAGAGAGAGGCAGGGACUUAUCUUGAUCCGUGAUGACUUCAUCUUUGAAAAGGCUGAGUCCAGUAACGUCUGCUUAACUCUACGGAGAGGUACCGACCCGCCGGCCGGCUUAUAUGGACUGAAUUUAGGUAAUUUUAGCAGGUGUAAUUGUGGGUGCAACCAUCUAUAAUGGAAAACACUACUGAUGACUACAGGAUCCAGUCGUUUGACCUGGACACACAGAUGUUGCUGAAAACAGCCUUGAAAGAUCCGAGCUCAGUGAACUUGGAGAAGGUGUCCAGUAUCAUCAUGGAUCAGUCUUUAAAGGACCAGGUGUUCAGCAAAGAGGCGGGACGCAUCUGCUACACCAUCGUGCAGGCCGAGGCCAAGCAGAACAAUGGAAGUGUGUUCAGGAGGAACUUGUUGAACCGCCUCCAGCAGGAGUUCAAGAACCGCGAGGAGACGAGGGGGCGCUCGCUGCAGGAGUGGGUGUGCUACGUCACGUUCAUCUGUAACGUCUUCGACUACCUCAAAGUGAACAACAUGCCGAUGGUGGCUCUGGUCCAUCCUGUGUAUGACUGUCUGAUCAGGCUGGCCCAACCAGAUGCUCUAAUGAACGAGGAGGAGGUAGACUGCCUGGUGCUGCAGCUGCAUCGCAUCGGGGAGCAGCUGGAGAAGGUGAACAGCCCGCGGAUGGACGAGCUGUUCUUCCUGCUGCGGGACGGCUUCCUGCUCCAGGAGGGCCUGACCUCUAUGGCCCGUCUGCUGCUGUUGGAGAUCCUGGAGUUCAGGGCCGGAGGCUGGCUGCUCAGCAGCACCGCCCACAAAUACUACUACAGUGAGUUAGCUGACUAGGAUUGUUGACGAGGACAGAAGGCGCUGAGCAGCUGUUUCUCCAGGUGCGUUAGCCGACCUUCAAGGACCUUGGAUACCUCUCCUUAGUCCCCACUGAUUAUAAAACCAGCAUAUUGAUGAAGGACAGCGACAUCCUCCAGGAAAACAGUGGACGGUUUUGAGAAGACGGCGGUUCACAAACUGUACAAAUUUAGAUUUUGCUGGAUUGUUCCCUGCGUUUGAUAAUAUUACUGAGAGAUGGUGCCGUGGAUGUGGAAUGUGCAAUAGUUCAAAGAAGUUCAGUUAACGAGGUUUAGCCACAUUCAGGUUCACUUUGUUUUAAAAGUUUGAUUAUAGCUAAAGAAGCUGGAGAUGUUUUUUAUGUUUUUUAUUGAUCUUUUAGGCAUUCCUGUUUGAGACGAUUUCAAAGUCCGACUUAUUUUGACCAAAAUCCAAAGGACUUGGACUAGACAUUCCAGUCAGAUACAAGCUGAUUUGGUCUUUGCUUUACUUUUUUUUAUUGUUGUGUGACCAAAUUGAAUUGAAGAUUUUAAUAAUUUAGUUGAAUAUUUUUAGUGUAGAAUUGACAUUUUACUAAAGGUUUGAAAUGUAGUUCAGAGGAAGUUUCUGCCUAAUUUGUCCUGUAGGAUUCCUGCGUUACAAUUUCCUAACAUGUUGUUACGCGAGGACGUUCCGUCAGAUAAAGCGUUGUCUUAAUUCAGGGACCUUCUUUUAUUUUUUUAUUUUUUUAUUUUUUGUUACAGCUCAAAUUAUAAAUAAAAGACCAAGAGAUCGGUUACAGUUCAUAUUCAAACUUGUUUCUACAGAUAAAUCAAUCAGAUGUUCAACACAUAUCUCGAUUCACACGUUUCAUUUGUUAAACAACUCGUGCCAAUAAAACAAGAACAGCAUCAUACAAUACUUCUUGACGAAGACUAAGCUCUUAAUUUGUAGUUGAGGUGCUGGAAGACAGUGGUGGAAGCAGUACUCGGAUCAUUUACUGAAAUAAAAGUAGCAAUACCGCAGUAACCGAAAGUAAAAGUACCCAUGCAGAAUCCUACAUAUAUUAUUGAUGCAUUAAUGUGUACAUCACUUUAUUGUGGCAGCUGGUAAAGGCAGGGCUAAUGUGAAUUACAUCAUAUACUGCUGUGUAUUUUGUGAAUUGUAUCUUAACCAAACACUAUUUAUUUGUUGAUCAUAUCUUGUAUUAAUCUGAAAAAUAACUGAAGUCAUCAUAUAAAUGAAGUACAGUGAAAAAAAAUUACUGUAUUUCCUUCAAUAUUGUACCAAGUAAAGAGUGAAUGAGUUUAGAUACUUUCCACCACUGCUGGAGGAGUAGCUGUUUAUCCUCCCGUCACAUAUAUAACACUAAUAAAGCUAGCAGAGAAGUAUUUCCCUUCUGACUUCAGCACCACCAGCACUAGUAGCUACACCACAGUAUGUAGCUGAGGAGUCUGUUGUUACCUUUGUUGAUACUCAGUGACGGCUUUACAGUAUUCAACCAAAGCUGUGCCUUGGAUUCAGACGGACACAAGCAUAAAGAGACCGACGUCAUGUGGUUCAAAUGUUACAUCUCUUAGAGAUGGCGUGAUUUUU